UUGGUCACGUGAUUGUACUGACAACAUGCUCACUACAUUACCUACAACAAUAUUCAGUCACCAUUUGACGACAAAACGUCAAACUAUUUCAGUCAUCGCCUAGUGAAUCAGUCAGCUAGACAACGUCUAAUUGCUGACUGAAUUGUCUAGGUACCGGUGUGUCAUGGAGUUUCACAGUGCAGCACCAGACCAAUGUGUUUACAUCGACAGAGACGAGCUAACUAGAUUCGGAAACGAGCCAUCACUUUACAGUUUGCCAGGUGAUUAUACAAUUGAGAGGGAAGGAGAAUCCGGAGUCGUAUUUGCGAUGGAUACUCUAGAGGAGGCCGCUGAUAGGCUAGACGGGUCUCUAGCUGAUAAAGUCGACACGGAAAUCGGCAGGUUCUCUACUCAACUGCGUCUCAUUCUGGAACAACAGAGUACGGAAUACAGACAGUUGCUUCAGUCGGCGAGGACACCGAAGAUUGUUGUUGAUGACCAGUUGACUGAUGCCACACCACUAGACUAUGAUGGUGUAUGCACAAAUUGUGAUUGUUGUAGUUUGUCUGCUCACUGUCCUCUUCCACAUUCUCUAACUGGCGGGCACAUCUACGAUUUCUACCAUCCGACCGCUCAGUCCGCACUGCCAGCCGCACAAGCGGCCGACAGAGAGCACGAGCAGCAGCGAGAUGAAGAUAAUGAGGAGGCGGAGAUGUGGAAAUGUAUUGUCAGAAUGUUUGUUGCAGCUGGAAUGGUUGAGAAAACACUUAGAGAGGCCGGACUGCCCGAAUUCGUAUGACAAUAGAUUCUAUGAAUGGUCGCUACGCAUGACGUAAUGUUUGUGACACAUUGAGGUCUAAUCUAACUGUUCUU